UAAUUCGCUUCCGCUUGAACAGGCGGGGAAUUAUUGUCCUGUCGAGUCGUCUGAACCCCAGACAGAUUAUAAUCCCAGCACGACUGAAACAACUAAUCGAUCUGCAGACAAUCCUGGGCCUUGUCUAGAUAGCACCGUACGUAAAGCUGAUGGGAUGAGCGAUAGUGAUUUUGACGAACGGGACGUUUCGGUAGAUGAUGACAGUAUUCCUCCAGAGGAAGAUGCUGCUGACGAGGAAGAAGUAUCAAGUCUCAUGAAAGUGAGUUAAUCUAAUCUGCAGUGUAAAAUAUUUCGUGCUGUAAUUAUAUUGUAUACAGUAUUUCUAAACUUAUUUAGUGUGAAAAAUAACCAAAUGAGAAUUUUUUGCUUUUAAACUUCAUAAUAUUCUGAAUUCAAUCAUGGUACUUCCUUUGAAGUAUAGGGUUUCAAAAUAGAUUAACGAUGAUCCUACUGUUGCUAGCUUUUAUUUUAAAACUAUAAAUGAGUGUUGACUUAGUUUCCAUAUUUUAUCAAAUCCAUCGAGAAGGAAUGUGUACACCAUUGGAAAAAAUUUCUCUUGGGAGUCUAAAUGUAUUGCAUUAUACCUAGGUACGUUAGCACUGGUGAUUAUAUCAUAUACACAGCCCCAUUCUGCAUAUAUAAAGUUGGUUUAAAUAAUCCAAUGAUAACAUCGGUUUUGAUUUAAAAUCUUAGAAGUGGGUUAUGUAGGGUUUGCUUGUAUGCGUUCUUAUCGAAAGUCAGUCAGUCGUACACGAAAUUCACUCGACUUUAACUUGUCUUUUAUCACUAUAUGGUAGAGUACUUAAAUACCAGUUAACCCCUGUUAUAUCUUACACAAUUUUCGAAAGUCAUAUUAUGGAAGAUAUACAUUAUCAGCUUAACUUUAGUGAGUGUUCUAAAAAUGCAUACCUUCAGUAUUUUGGACGGCGUCACAUUUAGCCCCUCCUGAUGUAAGAUUCUGCAUCUGCAUAAAACUUACAUUGAAUAUUUGUAUUGUUUUUCCAUACAGUUCGUAUAGUAGAUGUAAGUUUCAUACAUGUUUUUAUUUUCCCCUUAUUUCGAUAUUCAUUUUUGCGUUAACUAUUUACAUGUGUAUAGGUAGUAAGGAAAAUCUUUAGUGCUUGGCAAUUUGUUUACUCUUUUGAUUUUAGGAAAGUCAAAUGUCAUUAGAUGAACUUUUAGCUACAUACGGAAUUCCUGCAAACCCUUACGGGAAAGACGGCGACUCUGUUGCAGUUUCCUGUAGCAACAUUUCCAGAGGUAAAUCUGGGCGCUUAAAAAGCAUUCGACACACUGUUACUCCUUCAAGUUUAGCUUCAUUACGGGAGGAAUCGGUAUCAUUACCUCCAGCUAAGAAGUUUCGUCGUGCUGCUCACAUAUCUCUCUGCUUAAAUAUUGGAAAUAAUAUUUCUACAGGAGGAACUAGACCAGUAUCAUCAGCUGAUUACCCAACCAUUCGUUCAUCGUCAGAUAUUGAUGCAUUGGUAGAUAAAAACAAAGUCGAUACACCUCCAUUACGUUGUGUGAGUUAUUUGGAUAAAUUAUCAGUGUUUAAUUUAUAUAUUAUUUGUUCUUCCAGUUAAAAUCAUUGUUUUGACAGAAAGCUGUAUUCUAGACGUAAGACAAUUCCGGGAAAAAGAUUGACGCACUGUCGUCGUUUAAGUCAUGUCCAUCUAGCAGAUUUAUGGGUAUAUUGUAUUAUAAUUAACUCUAUUGAAAAUAUCAUGAUGCUCUGUUUGUCGUUAAAUUAUACCAAUAUUUUCGCUCUAAUCACAUAAUUCACGAACUUUUAGAUCGGUCUAACACGAUUUAGACUCGUUUCUAGUUAAAUACUCAUCUUAAAUUCAUUGACCAAUUUAGCUUCAAUUGGAAUUCAGGGGUAAACGUUUAUAUCACUCGUGUCCAUUCAAUGACUAGUUUCGGGUCAAAAAUCUGGUUUAUUGAUUUUAAGAUCUAGCUUUACAAUCGAUUAGUUUAGACAGUAAAGUUAUUUCUUUAUCUUUUACACAGUUGGUUUAGAUUAUAGACUAGCGCACGAAGCUGUACAUUGUUUCUCAGUCAAAUUAUCAUUAUAAACUGUGUCAACGAUCAUAUUUAAUUUUGAUUUUGUCCUUUAAAAUCUCUUUCAAUCCUCAAAAUCACACUCUCAAUUGACGGAAUGAUUUAUUGUAUAAAUGAUCUUAGUUUAUUUCUAAUAAUAUAAAUGAAAUUUGGUGCAAAUUUUACAAGAUUGAUGUUAUAUCCCGUCUCUUUACAUAGCUCACUGUAUUUCCACAUCCACACUCAGUCCCUUGUUCGCAUAGCACUAGUCCGGUGUCUAUAGAUGUAUCAUCUUCCGAUCCUCCUUCAGCCACUGCAACUCCUAGUUAUUCAAAACAACAUGCCUCAGAAGACUCAACUAUUAGUCGCAAAAGCUCAUCGCGUAGUCAUCUACUUAGGUCCCGCUCAAAAUCUAACCUAGCUAUCCAUACUUCUGAAUUAUUGGACAGUGCAACUCCAAAUGAAGAGAAUCAGUUGGAGGAAGAGGAUGUUGAUACAAGUGUGCCUAACUUUGAGCUGGAUGUAGAAAAUCAUUUCCAGAAAAAUGAACAAACUACUGACGAUAAGUUUGAAGUCAACCAAGAUUAUUCUUCACGUUUCUGGAAGAGUGCAAUUACUGGUGAGUAAACUAGAUAGAUUCGUGUUGUGUAAAUGACAAUCUUGAAACCAAAUUUCCCUGUAAAAUCCCCCAGAUUGUCACUCUUUGGUAGUUUGCUUUAGCGUCUCAACUAAUUCGAAAUCGGGUCGAAAAUUUGGAAACUAAUAGUCCUAGUCUGACCAUGAUGUGUUUUUUAGUCCUUUUUUCAUGUACUAUAUGGUAUAUAACAGUAAUUUUUGAGUUUUCGCGUCAAAACUGUGUCUAAUGGGUUUACUAACCUAGUAAGUUUUCUACCAUUUUAUGUCUCGGAAGUGUACGUGUAACAUAUGAUUAAUUUUGCUCAUUCACGAAUUACAAGUUUAUGUACUUAAUUUUAACUCAUACUUUUUGGAUGAGGACAGGCGAUCUACAAGAAUCCCUAAAGGUAAAGCGAGGUUCAAAUGUGGGACCUACUGAUUGAAAAUCGGGUAUUUUAAAAAUUUGCCACCGCUCCAUAUUUAGCUGAUAAUAUUAAUAGAAUGUAUAGUGUGACUGAGCUGGUAAUUUGCCCAUUCUUUCGAGCCCAAGAUCCGAAAUGUGGAUAAAUUUCGUAUGAACACACUAUCCAUUUGUGAUGGCUUAUCGUCUAAACCAUCGGACUACAGUUUUCACUGAAAUUAAGUUUAAAGAUAUGACCUCGCGCAAACCUAACCUUGAUUAUUGGAAAUAAUAAGAAAUAAGUGGAAACCGGCACGUAAAAUGUAGGUACGAUCGAAAUGUGAACGUUGUUAUGAUAUCUUAGCAAUUAAAAACCCUACUAAGUAUUAUCAUUUGUUUAUUUUCUUUAGUAAUCGGUCCCUCUGACGAACCGAGUUAGUGUAAUGAGGAAAUAAAGUUUGUCAGAACUAUGUGAUAUAGUAUAUUCACGCAAUACAUUCCAUAGAAUAUAAUCACACAUUUAUGUGUGUGGAGAAAUAAAGGUCAAUCUAGAGAAAUCGGAAAAUGAGGAAAAAUCAUAUAUAAAACGAAAUGAUUCACGUCACUUUUUGUAAUAAUAAUAGGUAUAGUAUAAGCGCCGAUUGUUUUUAAAUAUCUUGGGGGAGGAGGCGUUGAACUGUCGUUCUAAUUGUUUUGCUAAGCAUUCCCAAUUAUUUUUAUAAACACUCAGAUUCGUUAAAGUAUCUAACAUGUCACCUGGCUCGUAUUUUUUAUUAUUUCUGAGUCAUAUACGUAUUAUUGUAGGGCCAUUAUAAGAAAUUAAUUGAAAAGAAAUAUCACUUCGCUCUAUUCGUCUUUUUCUUCCAUGUCUAAAUGGGAAUUUUCUCUGUAUCAUAAAGAACAAAUGAGAUAGAAGAAUAGAAAUUUAGAAAUAAUACUGAAGAUUUAGAUGAAGGUGAAUGAAUGCAGCUUGCCACAUUGACUUGGGUUUGAGUCUCGUGUACAGGAUCGUGGAUACGCACUGCUGAGGCGUCUCAUACUAGGACGAAACAAUCGUCCGGUGCUUCCAGGUUUUCAAUCGUGAUCUGGCUAAGAUCAACCUGGAAAAUUAUUUUAAGGUUAAUGAUGUUAAGCACGUCUUAGUUUACUAAAACGAUGGAUCUAGAAGAUAUACAAUGAUACAAUGUCAAUCGAUAAGUAAUCACAAAAUUAGACUGUUGAGGAGCUGAUAUAGUUUCAGACCCUAUUUGAUGGUGGUCAAGCUAGAAAUGAAAUAAAAAAAGAAUUGGAAAACUGGACAAGUAAAAUCACAAAAGUUCAAUAUACCCUUCCUUCGAGGUGCUAACCAACUCAGCGAAUGCAAAAUUGCUCACAGCAAUAAAUCCCAACCUUUAAAAGAUCUACUAAAAAAGAGGAAACCACACUGGAGAACAACUGGGAUGAGAUUAAAGAGGACGUCCUGGGCCUCAAGAAGCACCAUCAUAAACAAUGAAUCUCUGUUGAUAUCUUGGAAAAGAUUCGAGAAAAGAAGAACAAAAAGGCAGCAAUCAACAACAGCCGAACAAGAGCAGAGAAAGUCAAGGCACAGGCCGAAUACACAGAAGCAAACAAAGGAGUGAAGAGAAGCAUUUUUAUUUAUUUAUUUAUUUUAACACAUAGAUAUUGGUACAAGGAGGCACCAAAUACAUAUGUGCCACACAUAUCUCAUUUGAUUUGUGUAAGGGCUGUGAUACUUUCCGGGUGCCCAAACCGAAGCAGGUGAAGAAAAGCAUUAGAGCUGAUAAGCGGAAAUACGUUGGAAACCUAGCAAUGACAACGGAAAAAGCUUCAAGAAAGGGAGGUAGGAGAUAACUGUAAGAUACGGCGAAGAAUCUGACGAGAAAACAGUAAGUCAGGGCGAUCAGUCGGAUACAAAAAGGCAAACCAAUCACUGCGAUUCAAGAACAGCGGAACAGGUAGUUAGAGCACUUCGAAGAACUCUUGAAUAGAGCGACCCGCACUAAACCCACCGGACAUCAAAUCAGCACAUACAGACCUCCUGUUACCUCACCAAAAAUUGAAUAAAUCAGCAAGAGUAUCGGAAAAAUCAAGAGAUGGGAAGCAGCUGGAUCAGACAACAUACCAGCAGCAGCCUCUAAAGCGGUAGACCUCAGCAUACACAAGGGAACAUGCAAAACCCUGAAAUACAACACAGUGAGCACCAACGAAAUCGUACUUGAUAAAUAAGCUGUGGAAGAGGUGGGAAUUUUCACAUACUUGAACAUCAUCAUCGAUGAACAAAGGGGGUCCAAUGCAGACGCACAUGCAAAGAUUGGCAUUCCUACAGUUAAAAAACAUAUGGAACUCAAGACAGUUGUCAACCAACCUCAAAGUGAGAAUCUUCAAUACGAACGUCAAGACAGUUUUAUUGUACGGAGCUGAAACGUGAAGAACUACUACAACCAUAAUCAAAGAUGUACACGUAUUUAUAAACAAUUGUCCAGACAAGAUACUUGAAAUCAAUCGGCCAGACACCAUCAGCAAUAACCUGUGGGAGAGGACAAACCAUCUUCCAACUGAAGAGGAAGUUAGGGAAAUACUGGUGGUGGGUAGGACAUGCGUUGCGGACGUCAUCGAUCUGCAUCAUAAAGCAAGCUCUGACUUGCAAUCUUGAGGAGAAAACGAAAAGAAGCAGACUAAAUAACACGCUGCACCGGGAAUCAAAGACAGACAUUACCAGAACAAACAGCAUUUUCGAACAACUGGAAAAGAGAGCCCGGGACAUAUUAGGUUGGAGAAUCUUGGUCGUCGGCCUAUACUCCAAGAAGAGUAACAGGCGUAGGUACGUUUAUUUUGCGUGUCAUAUCAUCCCGUUUCUUUGUGAAUUUCUUAUGGCUGACUAAUUCUUACCAAUCAAUUUGCCUCUGUACCAUUACAACAAAAGUGUGUUCAUUCUGUUCUGAAAUAGAACUUAGCAUUGUAUUUGUACUGAUCUUUUUAUAUUUGUUUUCAUCUUUGCAAUGCUCUGUUGUAAUAUAAACGAGAACCCUUUCUUUCAUUAGUAUUUGUUAUUUCCUUGAAGAUACGACAGGUACAGUCUUUUGUCUAGUGAUAAUGCAUAGCAAAACUAGUUUAUGUCUCCUGACAAGUUUUGCUUUCUUUUCAUCCUAAAAAGGUCAAGAAACUACACCUUCGUACAAUUCAGACGAAGACGAAGACUACUGUCCAAGUGAAGAUAGUGGUCGUGAUUGGAAAGGUGUAGGUUUUUUUCAGUGCAUUUCUUGUGUCCCAGUAUUUUUGUGACCGUUAAUACCCAAUAACCCAGUGGGAGAUUUAGUGAGAACGUCUCUUGACAUAAUACAUGUCUGUUACCAUCAAUAAUUGUUCAGUACCAAUCACUGUAGCGAAAUUAACAACGGCAGACACCUUAAUACUUGCAAGCACGAAAUGACCGGUUUAAUAUGGUUAAAUAAAUAAAUUUUGUGUCAAUCAAUAAGAAAGCAGUUGAACAUCAACCAUUAAAGUGCAAGAAAAUAAAUUCUAGUAACUUAUAAUUAGUAUAGUCAUAAUACACAAAUUUCAAGUUAGUUUUACAGGUUUGUUGAUAAUAAAUAAUUUGUAGUUAAAUUCACAAACUGACUUUAACUUAAUAACCACUAAAAUAUGGAGUAUUAAACAGCUAUUUCAUCCUGGUAUAUAACUCAAAUACAUAUUUUUGGGGUAACUGGUAAAUUCAAUUCUUUCUUUAUCAUAUAUUAACUUGUAUUAAUUGAUUUGUUGUGGAUAAAAGAAUUUUAAAUAUGUUAGUAGUUUCUAUGUUUAAAAUACCUCACCACUAUCACCAUGAAUUUAAAUUUUUCGAUCUCUGUAAUGUUAAAUUCUCAACUUCAGGUUUUUUCUCCAAUAAGUCAUAUCAAAAUUACUUUAUUUUAUUAAUUUAGCACAUUUACUGAGUUUGUAGAUUUCCUUUUGGUGUAGUAGUUGUCUUGUCUUUUGGGCUGUCACUACUAUCAGUGACAGUCGAUGUAAAGCCUCGCACAUGUAUGCGUUAGCCGUAGUCGUCUUACAAUAUCAGCACGACAAGAUAAAAUUAACAAGGCUGUAGCAUAGCAUUCUUUACUGUGAAACUGACUUUGUCUCAUAUGUAGUGCUUAUUUAAACACUGGGAUCAUUCCACAAAUUUAACCAAUGAUAAUGCCUAUGUGUCUGACACCAAGUACACCUGUUUAGUGAGCUUUGUAAUACUUGCUAGACACUUGUCUUUAGUCUAAAUAUCUGGAGGAUAGAUCUAGAAGCCUGAAACUAAUUAAUUUAGUCCAGCUCAUGUUCAGCUAUGGUUUAAAACGGAAUCAAACUGCGUUGUGCAGCGUGUCAUAUGUUAUGAAGAGGAUAAAUCUCUAAAACCUGGACUCCACUGUUCGAACCCCAACAAUAAUUGAUCACUUUAAGUUUGUGCAAGAUUUAAAACUCGGCUUGAUACUGUCUGCAGAUAUUUCAUAUCUGCUUUCAAAGCAAUUUAUCAAAACAAAGUGAUACAGCUUUUAAGAAAAUAUUUUAUUAAUGGCAGGAACAAUCAUACGAUUGAGGGUAAAACGAUAUUUCAGAUUCCUCAUCUUAACUAUUGAAAUAAAAGAGAAAGUUAAGCUUAUGCACCACCCUCACUGCCUAAAGUUUUGAAUCAUCUUUUAGUAAUUCCUUAAUUACCUACACAUAUGUCUCGAUCAAUAGUGCCAGGAAAUAUCAACAGAUGGUGGCUCGAAUUUUAUAUCGUUUCUCAUAACCACUACAUUAAGUGACUUCACAUCGUAACGGAAAACUACACAAGAGUAUGUUUCGUGUUUGCAAUUAUAGGAAAUUUAAUCUUUUAUGGGAAUCAUAAAUACAGACGACAUAUGUUUUAUCUUUAUGGUUUACAUCGCGAACUGAUCUUAGAGAGCCACUAAAAACAACAAAGCACUAGACAACUGUUUCGUCGUAGUAUAAAGCACCACACCGCUAGACGAGAAAUCUCGAAUUCGAUCCAUGUUGUGGAGUCGCGGGUGCUCAGUGCUGAGGAGUCCUAUAUUAAGAUAAAAUUUACGUACAAUACUUCCUGGUUUUCAUUGGUUCUCUAACAAUGAAAAACCCAUGAUGUAAACUAAAAGUUUAGCAUUCUCCAUAAUCCCAUCAUGCUAAUAUUUAUAAUUCAUUGACCAACAGUACGAACUUCAUAUUACGUACUUAAAUUACUUAUUUUCUGAAACUAUUUUCUCUCUUCACAUUUCCAACAUGUUAAAUAGGAGAUAAAAAUUGGUGAAGAUUAUCAGGCAAAUAUCCCUAUGCUUGCCCUAGCAUCAAAUGUAAUGGAGAAUCAAUGUGAUGAAAGUCGAUCAUCGUAUUAUGGUUCUGAACGGAUUUUUCAAGAAUCUAGUCUUGUAUGGAAACCUUCGGAAAAGCUCUGUGAAGCUGAUGUCACACGCUUUGAGAGAUCAUAUGCCCAAGUUGUUUUGUCAACACUGCCUACUGAACGAACAAUAGACGACGAAGAGGCUUUAUUCUUGUUAAUGCGUUGUGAUUAUGAUACGGAUGAGGCGCUGCAACGAUUACAAUUUAAAGCAAUAUCACCAAUGGGUAUGAUGACUUUUUUAAAACCCGAUGUCUACACAUGUGUGUAUUUAUGUUUUCUGUCGUUUGUGUGAUUAUCUUGGCUAGAUUUUGAAUAGUAAUCACGUUUAAUUUCCAAUUAUUCUGUUGAUUUCAAAUUAAAACUCAAUUUUAUUCACAUUCAAAAGAGAGAUACAUGCAAGCAAAUAGAAUAGUAAUGAGAUCUUGUGUUGCUUGUUGUUGCAAAUGUAUUUAUAUCUCUAUUCUAAAGUCUCGUAUUUUCAGUGCAUAUAAAUCAUCUAUUUUGUUUACAUAGUUAUGACAUGCCUUCUCCAUCUUAAAAAUGCUUUGAAAACUCAUCCGUCCAUAUUACUGUCAAGCUAAAGUCACGUUUGGCAUCGAUACUUUAAAGAUUUUGAUCAUAGGUAUCUUCAAAAAUUGCUCGAAUAUUGUGGAACGAUUGGGUGAACGGUUUUGAGUUUAGGCAUAAGUACUAAACAAAAAUGACAUGUCGGUUGAUGGGAACGGGAAUCCUUAUGAACCGAGCCGGUUGAGACACAUGUCACGUCGUAUGCCCCCCACUAUCUCCCUCGAUGAGUAAUAUUUACUGUAGUAGGUGUAGUUUGCAAAAAAUAGGGGCAGAUAAACCAAAAGCUAGCAUCAGUCCAUGGAAUCAUUCACUGUUAGACUGAAGUGUGCUGGUACAUCCUCACUACCUAGUUGGGCUCCUCUCAAUUACUAGUUGGUGAGUGACUAGAUAACAUAGUUUAAAACCGGAUUUAGUGGAACAAAUACAUUCAUUCUCCAUCCUCCUUUAGAUCAUUAGUUUCAAUAUUCCUUCAUGUAUACUUUUUUCCGGACCAUAUUCUCUAAUGUUUAGUUUCUCUCAGUAUCUAUUCCGGUACAGUUAUUUAGACUCGUUUACUGUUUGCUUUUUAUUGUCAUCUCGUUUGACUGACUUGAUAUGAUAAGUUUGGCUAAUUCACAUUUCCGCCAGGGUCUAUCCCUUGUAUCCCAUGUAAAAUUGCACCAUAAAUGUUUAGGCAGUUAUAUCAGUUAAUUUUUAUCAUGCUAUAAAUGCAUAUGAUAAAUCGCAUUCUUCCUAUAUACAUUCCUUUACAUACCUAUGCUUAUUAAUAGUACACAUUCAUGAGUGUUCCUCAAGUAAAUCCUAUUACACUCUUUUAUCAUCAUUGCUACUGCAUUAUUUCGAUUCCCUUUGCUCUCCAUCUUGCUAUUUCCAUCUCGUCGUACUAAUAUGGUAUAACAAUUCAAGCCAAUGCACAUCUUUACCAGGCUCUGCGUUAAUAAUGAGUCAAUGAUAUGAUGAUAGGGUGUUUUUGCUUUCACUAAUAUUGUAAUUCGAUUUGCAUGUUUUUGACUGCGUAGUAAUUUGUACUAGAUGCCUGUUUCUUAAUGUCAGAAUAGUGUAUAUUUCUUAGGAAGAUGGUUUGUAUCGGUCCAGUGGUAAACGUACUUACUUACUUUUUUCUGGUUAGCGUUUUUUUAGCGAGUUAGUUUUCUACGGAAUGGGGACGCUAACCCCAUGCCCAACCCUCCUCCUUUAUCCGGGCUUGGGGCCGACAGUAGCUCCCGGAGGGACUCCAGGCGGAGAUGGUCGUUAAAUAUGUAUUCGCUAUAAAAACCAACCACUUGAAAAAAUUAAACUUAUCAUGUAAAAGGCGAAAUGUGAUUCAGAAGUAAACCGGACUGUACGUUUUUUGUAAACAUUUAUCUUAGUUUUAAACAAACGGAAAUUGUAAAUAGGCGUAUUUCGUCUUAAGUACUAUGUACUUCCGGCCAUUUAUCUCUAUGCUAUGGCUUAAUAUUACUAACGAUCUGCAUAAUCUUCCCUUUAUAAGAUUCCAGAUUGAAAUUUGUGUAUAGUUUGCUAUUGUUAUCGAUAAAUUAAAGUUGGUUUUUAUAUAUACGAAUAUGUUAAAAUAAAUCAAUGCACAACAUUGUUUUCGUUAAUUAUAUCAUGUUACAUUAGGUAGCAACGCUAAUUUUUAAUUCGUUUUUGUAUUGAUUGUUUACAAUUUAUUUACGCGAAUCAUCAAGUACCAGGUCCCAUGUUGCGACCGACUGAUUCCCACAAAUAGGAAUUCUCAUAAAGUGCAAGAAAUGUUUUGGAAUGAUAAAUAGCUCCUUUUUCAGCCCUGAACUUUUUUAUUUUGCAUAAUUCAAUUCAAGUUGAUAGCAGAUAGAAAGUGUUCAUAGGUCGCUAGAUUUCAGUACAGACAUAUUUACUCUUGUUUGGUAAAACUUUCGACUGUGUAGUGUCGAAGUUACAUGUAGAGUACGAGAUAAAUAUGUUAAGUUGAAAAAUGAGAUUAGUUUUUGCGUUGUGUGUUGCAUAAGACUACUUCAGAGUUCGAUGCUGGUCAAUAGUGUGAUUGAAAUAAAGAAAAGUAAGGUUGAUUAAACCAAUAGGUGAGACUAGUUUAUAUAGUUGGUGAAUAUAGAUCUAGUUGUUAUAAUCGCAGACAUUAUCCAUUAUGUACUGUCCUUUCUUAUUUCAUUCCCAGCUGUUCCCGGUUAUCUAGAUUCAUGGUCGGAGUCUGAUUGUGCAGCAUUUGAGAAAAGUUUCGCUUUAUGUGGAAAAGAUUUUCGUCAAAUACGAGAGACACGAGUGAGUAGAUUUCACUUACCUCAAAUACCACAUUAUCUAUCUAGAUCUGUUUUUCCAUGCCAACAAAUAGAAUGGUCAGAUUCAAUUUACUACUAUCAUAAUGUUUAUAGACACAAUAUUCAAUGUUUAAUGGUAAAUAGGCAUGAAUCUGUUUAUCAUGAUAUAUCUGUUUAUUCAAUAAAAAGGAAAUAUGAACUGAUGUAUACCACGUUUACUGUUGCUAAACAUAGUUGGAAACGUAUUUUUUUACAUGCGUCAACGACUAGAUAACAUAGUUAAGCCUUAACUUGCGACUUGACCAUAGUUGAGAUAUGCAUAAUGAUGAAUAUAUUCUAGGAAAUUCCUUAUGUUCACUAGGUAGCUGAAGUAGAAAUGAACUGAAAAAGACAAUCAUCCGGUCAUUCUGUUUACAUGGCAGAAGUCUAUUAAAUCAUUUAUCAUUCGUUUAAACUGUAUGGACGUGGUAGUUAAUCAAUCUGGUCGUCUACAUUUUUACUCUUCUGUUCUUGAAUCAUCCAUCGUGUUAGUGUAGAUUGCGACAAGUUGAAUUGUGUGCUUUCAACUUUUUGUUGCCAAACGUCAAGGCUAUAUUGCAUAUUGCCAAUCACAAACGUAAAUGACUCGAUGUCAUUUUUAAAAAUUAGUUUUGCAAGCUGAAUAAUAAAAAUAACUCACUGCUGACAGGUUUUCGAUUGGUUGUCUUGUUCAUUUCGUAUAAUUCCACCACUAAAAUAUUUAUCCUGUUAUUAUUUCUUUGUUCUGGAAUAGUAUGCUAAAUGGUGUACAUUAAUCUAGCAUAAAUGAUUCCGUUGUCCAUACUUCGCUUCGGGAGUAUAGUGUACUCUAAACCUUAGCAGUUUGAUUGGGAAGCUUUCAUGCUUGCUUGCGACAGUAUCAUUUCUAACUACUCAAUCACGUCAAGAAAAUAUAUUUCCAGUAGACACCCUUGUGCUUCAAGUUUUCUUUAAUUCCAUGAUGUAUGUAACAUGAAUAGGUAUGGUCACCCUACAUGUUGUCGUUUUUGUACUCUUCCGUGUUAUUUCACUGAUCAAUUUCUUUUAUUAACUUUGAAACUCGUUAAUUCAAUUGAUAUAAACGAAUCUAAUCAACUUUUUGAGGAAAUUGAAAGGUAUAAUUAUCAAAAAAUUGAUGAUAUGGAAAAGCAUUGGAAAGUUGUAAGCAAUCCACAUUCAUGACCCUCAAUUGUUUUUUAAUAGAAUCUGAAGUUUCAAAAACUAAAAGCCUACUACAUGCACUAAAAUCCAUCGUGUUUUUCCUGUUUGAUUAACUUCUAUCGAUUGUUUGUUUUUGUCAAAUAAAAUCAUUUUAUAGCUUCGUCAUAAAACUGUGUCGGAACUGAUUCAUUUUUAUUACCUUUGGAAGAAGACAGCACGUCAUGAUGAGUUUGCACGAAUAUAUCGUAGGGAUAAAAAAAAGUCUUCACAUCCUAACAUUGCGUAAGUGUUUUUUUACAACUGUCGUAGUCUUUCGUCUAUCUAAAUAUAAUUUUCAGUAACCUGCUUUCCACCAAUGUCGGUAUGAAAACUAUGAGAUUAAAAUUACUUCAUACCUUUCUUUCUACUGGCCAAUUCUUUCUCCGUGUAUUAUAUCUUUAUAUGCAAUCUUCUAUAAAUUACUACCACUGAAGUAACUACUAUGGAUUCGGUGUUCAUCUUUUUGUGUUAAUGGGGCACAGGGACUUGAACCGAAGCAUAUAUGUAUCUGGUCCUACGUUGUAGCUGACUGACCAGUACAAUGUGUGACUUGAAUUGUCUAGUAAAAUAUUUGCUUACUCUAUGAUUUGUAUUGAUGAGUGACAAUCCUUACUAUCCUGAUUCCGAUUAAGACAUUCCCCUAUUUUUACGAGUUACAGCAUCUUUGUCAGUCUUUAUGAAACAAAAGUGAAACAUACUACUUUUCAACCAAUUUUGGUUGGUUUUGUCCCUCAACUGUAACUUUCUGGACGUGAAACGCCGUUCAAUUAACCUAUGUAAUUGUGAUAACAUUCCCAAAAAACUUGUAGUUGGGUAAUAUAUUUUUCCGCGACUUCCUCUCACUUUUACAUAGUUUGAGGGAUGUUGAGCCUAUGCAUUUAUCUGGAUUCUUUUCAUUGUUGUUUAUUAUUAACUGUUCCGUGGUAAUAUUUUGUUCUGUUAUUUCUAUCCUUUUAUUCCCAAACAAUAUGAAACUAAUUGCGCUCCUUGUCCUACUUUGUUUAACAUAAGAUUUUAUGUAGCUACUUUACUUUCUUUUACUGAUAUUCCACUGACAUUCACCGCACAACCAUUCAAUAUAUGUAGUUUUUUAUUAAAUCGAAUACAUUGUUUAAACGGAACAAGAUGUCCUAAUAAUGUAGAUUGAUAUGACGAAACAACUGUAGUAUUAAAAAACUGUUAGUCAUUUCUCAGUAUGGAAUUAACAUUCGUUACAAAUCACUCAACUGCUCAAUACGUAUAUACAUCCCGUAGGAAAUAACCUUACUAAAAAACGUUAGCCAAAAUAAAGUUGAAGGAUCUUUAUUGUGAAGAACUAUGACACCUUUUGGUGAAAACCUAUAUUCUUCGGAAGUCAAGAGGCUGAUGCCCUUUCUAACACCCAGAGCAACAACUAAUAUGGGUACAAUGAAUGUUCGGACAAUAUGGAAGACCGGGAGGACCAAUCAAAUAGCUGUGAGAAUAAGAAGACACUACUUGACUGUUCUCGGAAUCAGUGAAACCGAUUUAACCCAAGCUGUACAGAAAAGGUUAGAUUUGCGAGAGAUUCUGCUGUACUCCGAUCACGAAGAAGAAAAUGCGGUUGCACACUCAAGGAGUUGCUCUGAUUCCAUCUAAAGAAGCACGUAUAGCACUGAUAGGAUGAAAAUCUCACGAAUCCAGGAUCAUCAAAGCAUCCUUCAAAACAAAGAAGGGAAUCACAAUGCUUGUUAUCCAAUAUUGUGCUUCCACCAAGAUCAGUUCUAUGAGCUGCUGCAAUCGAUCAUAGCGAAGUGUUCAGGAAAGAACCUGACUAUCUUAAUAGGAGACCUAAAUGCCAGUUAUAAUGGAUAAUAACGAGUAUAGAGAUAUAAUUGAACGACGUGGACUGGAAAAAAGAGACGAAGACGCUAAGAGAUUUGCGAAUCAAUGUGCAUUCAACAAAAUGGUUUUAGGUGUCAUAGUGUCCUCCCACAAACUCGUAUUCGAUCCGAACGUCAAGACAGUUCUAUUGUACGUAACUGAAACCUAGUGAACUACCACAAAAAGUACUUAUAAACAAUUGCACUACGCAUGAUACUCAAUGUCCGUUGGUCAGAUGCCAUCAACAGCCUAGUGUGGAAGAGAACAAAUCAGCUUCUAACUGAAGAGGAAAUCAGAGAAAGACUCAGAAUGUGGAUAGGACAGCCGGAAAGCAUCAAACUACAUCACGAAACAGGCGCUAGCCCUUAAUCCUGAUGAAAAACGGAAAAGAGAGAACAAAAACACUGCGCCGAUAAUUGGAAGCAGAUAUCAAAAGGAUGAAGGGCCAGUAGAAAGGAUUGUACAGGACGGAGUUGGAUGGAGAAUGUUAGUAAGCGGCCUAUGCUACUCCACGAAGGGUAACGCGUAGAAAUGAAGUUACAAAUCAAUGUUUGGCCGUUAUGUGUUAGAUAAUAAAUAACAUUGUUUAUUUAGGCUAUGCUAUUAUAAUGGAAAAUUAACUACAAACAUUUGCCUGACUGCUUGUUUUUAUUCCAUGACUUCUGAGAUUAUUACAACUUUGUAAAGUGAUGAAUUUAAAUGUGAAAUUUUUGUUUUUAUGCUUUAUUUCGUACACACUCCCGUUACUAAUUACUUGACAGUGAUUUUAUGGAUUGUUUGGCUAUGGAACAAGAAAUUCUAGCGGAAUCCUAUAUGCAAAAUGCCAGUGAUAUAGUUUUGUCAACUGCAACAUCGAAUGCAGAUAUUCAAUCCUAUCCUCAUAAAUCCAUUCAGCAUGCUUCAAUCAAUAAUAUCGGUUCCAUAAAAGCUAGUGGUUGUCAGUUAGGCUCAUCAAUCAGUUGUAACAAUGGUCAAAAUACUGGAGUAGUGUCAGCGAAUUGCAGUGAAACCUGUACUUCAAGAAGUCCUGUUAAUCGAUUUACAGCUUUGUCAGACGACAUGAGUAAGUUGUAAUAAAUGUUCUUAUUUAACAUUUUCUUCUUUAUAUUCCUAAAUUGUAGGGCAUAUUCAUUUUAGCAUAUUGUCAUAUAUUAAUUGAAUAAUUAUGACAUAGAGCCAGAUAUUAAGCACCCCUAGUCUGGAGUUAACCUAAUGGCGUUCGAACUAGUACCUCUAGUUGAAAGUCGAGUGUUUCAUUGUUUAGGUUUAAGUAAAUGUUUAGAAUGAAUUAUCUUUACACAUAUAUCUAUGAAGUUCGAGCAACAUGUUAAAGUAUAUGAUGGUGGAAAUCGUUUGUGCGUAUCACUCUAGCAUUACGCGAAAAAAAACAUCUAAUUAGCCUUACUUUUGAGAACUUCCACAAGUGUUUUCGACAGGGAAAAUAGGGUAAAUGUACUGCCCCGAAUAGGGAAUAUUUGGGGACAGAUUAGUCUGUAGUAAAUGAUAAAAACUAAUGUACAAUAAUUGUGUUUAAUUCCAAGACCUAAAAUCUUUGGUAUUAGUUAUGAACUGAAUUUCAUCGAUUUUCAGAAUAGUAUUGACACAAUAAGACGACGUUUGUGUAUCCUUGAUGUUAUCUCAUCAUUGAAACAAUCAUCCAACCAAAUUGUUAGUUGAGAUGAUAUUUAAAUUACUUUAAAAGGUACUCGCAGCUUUCUGCUUUGUGAAAUGUUCACAUUUCCAUGGGUUGCUGUCGUAUGAUCAUAUAUAUAUAUUUCAUUUUUCCUACUGUUUCUCUAAAAAGAUUUUUCAGCCAACUUAAUUCCAAGUAUUUUUUUCUUUCGGUGUUUUAGUAAACAGUGAAGUCACUACCAGUAUAUGCUUAGAUGCUCCUGGAAAUCAAUGCAAAUCGAAAACAAGUGGUAACUCAUUGAGUUUAUCAGUAAAUACAACUAAUAAUAAUAAUAAUAAUAAUAAUAAUAAUAAUAAUAAUUACAAUGGAGCUUUUUGUAUAAAGCAAUCAGAGCAUAUGCCUAGUUCAUCAUCUACACGUACAGCAUUGUCAUCAACUGUAACUGUUUAGAGUUAACGGCGUUAGAAAAUAUAUUCGAUACUUUUUUUGGCUACAUUUUACUGUUUCUUGUUCUACAUGUAACACUCCAAUUUUUAUAUGCACUUCUUCAUUUAAGAUUCCGAUCUCUUGAUAACUUAAGGUUUUUUCUACUGAUUUUUAAGUGAUUGUACUUCAAUUUGCUGUAAAACUUUCUUGUUGUCUUUUGGUAGUUUGCUUGUAUGUUAGUAGAUCUAUGUAAGUCUGAAUAAUGUGUAUUAUAUGAAAAACUACUGCUACUUUAAAAACAAUGUGAGUUCAAAAACAGUAUUUCUCAUCAUUCAUGUUAUUGUAUGUAGCUAGGUAUAUACUGUUGCUCUUCAUUAUUGUCAUAUUAUCUUUUGCUUCCCUUAAUCAACCUGUACUCAUGUUUAGAAUAUAUUUUCCUGAUUUACUUCCAUUAUAUUUGUAUUUUUAUCCUUUGCACGACGGAUGUUUUCUCACUAAAUGUUCCUGUCUUCUACUGUACUGAUAAAACUAAGAUGGAAAUGCUGUUAAUAACAUGUAUAAAAUAUAAAUUGUGUAACAACACUUGUCUAGAAUUUAUGUUACACCGUCUUUCAAAACAAAUUUGAUCAGCGCUUCGUUAAAGAUGCAGUUCAACUAAACUGUUACGCGAUACAUGUUGAUUCUAAAACAAUUAGCUGCAGCAUGAUUUACCAAGUUUAAUAGUGUUUACAACUAACUAGCUAAGUUUAAUUAGGCCUAGGAACACCAGGUAUCGAGGAGAACAUUUAGUAUUCCAGGUGGUCUAAGUGCACCGUUGUUUUGUCUGGCUUCAGUUGGUUAUAGUGUGCUGUUAUAACAUCGUCUUGGGGUCGUUGGAGGUUACGUAGGACGAAUGUAGUGGAAGACC